AUGAAGGAGCACCAGCAGCAGCUCAAGAACGCCCACAAGCGCGAGCGCGAGCUCCUGCAGCGGGACCACGAGCGCGAGCGCCAGCAACUGGAACGCGAGCGCCAGCUGCUGGACCGCGACCACGAGCGCGAACGCCAACAGCUCGAACGCGAACGCCAACAGCUUGAGGACCUGUGCCAACAGCUCGAGCGUGACCAGAGGCGCCAGCAGCUCGAUCUCGAGCGCCAGCGCCAGCAACUCGAGCGCGACCACGAGCGCCAGCGCCAGCAGAUGGAGCAGUACUACACCCGCGAGCGCCAGUAG